GUGUAAACCAUCAAAAUAUUUGUGUAUAACUGCGGUGUAUAAAUUUAGUAAAAUUUUUGGUGUAAGUGUACCAUGGUCCGAAAGCUAGCCGGCCACCAUAUCAUGGAGACCUCAAAGUUAUCAUCAUCGCCCCUUCUCCUCCUCUCCAUGCUCUUCAUUUCCUCCUUCACUACUCCUAUUUCCGGCUGCGGCGGCUGCGGCGACCAGAGGCCGCCAACUCAUCACAAGCCCCCGAGCCACGGGAAACCCGGACUCAAACCUCCGGGCAUAUUGCCACCCAUCAUCACCAAGCCUCCAGGAAUAGGAGGAAUUGUCCCUCCGGUCACCCUCCCGCCGGUGGUGACUCCGAUCACCAACCCGCCGUACUCGGGGGCCGGAAAACCGUGCCCAACCCCACCAUCACCAGCGACGUGCCCCAUCGACGCCCUGAAGCUGGGGGGGUGCGUGGACAUCAUGGGGGGGUUGAUCCACAUCGGGCUGGGAGACCCGGCGGUGAACGAGUGCUGCCCGGUCCUCAACGGGCUUCUGGAGGUGGAGGCGGCGGCGUGCCUCUGCACAACCCUAAAGAUAAAGGCACUCAACCUCAACAUUUACGUCCCACUCGCCCUUCAGCUCCUCGUCACCUGCGGCAAGACUCCUCCACCCGGUUACACUUGCUCCCUUUGAACCCCCAUCCCAAAAGGUUCUAAAUUACGUUCAAGGCGCGGUUUAGGUUUGAAGGAUUGACAUGAAAGGAUGUCAAACUGUUAGGCCCGUGACUCUCUCCAUCCCUCCCCAUUAUUGCUUUUCUAUCUUUCAAAGCUCUCUCUACAGUGUGUUGUGGACUGGAUUUGUACGAGCACAUUCGUUUUUUUUUUCUUUGAAUUUGCGGCUGUGAUUUAUUUUUCAAGUGCUAUUUUGUUCAAUUCUAUUCACUCCCUUUGAUGAGGGACUGAAAUUUAUAAGUGGUGUUGGGUAAACGAACGUUUCUAACUUUCCUAUUACACACUACCUCAAGAUCAUUUCUCAUGAGGUGCUAGAUGGAAAUUGUUGGAAAGUGGAUAAAAAAUGAAUGGUGGACGAUGGG